GUGUGUGACAUUCGUGUAGUGUGGUAGUCAGAGGGAACCAUGACUGCUUGUACAUGGUGGCAGGGAAGUUUCUGGAAGAACUGGUUGGGGUGAGGAAGAGAGUCAUCAUGGCAGCACAUGCUUGAUGGUCCUCACUACUGGUUCUCUAGCUGAGUGCACACCUCAUGAUUCCAACCCUGCGGCCCUGCCCAUGACCUACUUCCUGGGGCCUGUCUGUCCACCCUCCCUGGGUUCUGACCCAGGAGUGCCACAAAAAGAGACUGAGGAAAACACAGUUCAAGGGACCCCAGGGGGUCUGGGAUUCCCCGGAAUGGGGACCAGAGCAAUAGGGCAAGUCUUCCCCCUCCUCCCUUCAUCCAAUUCUAUCUAUGGCAUGUCAUCAUAUGAGUCCUGCAUGUUUACGUGUUGUAAAGAAUCAGGGUAUAUUAAAAAAAAAAAAAAAGAAUCAGGGUAUAGUCUAUAGCACUGAGGAAGGUGUGUCCUUUUCUCCAACCUGAAGAGAAAAGUGCCCAAUUCAUGGAAACUAUCAAUACAAAAUUCUGCUUUUCAUUUUAGAUUUGGAUAAUGUAAAUUGCUUUUCAGCAUCACAAGUUGGGUCAUGGUGUUUCUCAGUGCUGAGAAUUGAAAUAUCUCAGCAUUCCCACGGAUCAAUUAAAAGGCUAAAUGAUGCACCUGUCCAAUUUUUGCUUCUCCAUUAUGAUUCCAAUCACCCAUUUUCUACUUUGUAUGUGGGGAACUCAUUCCAUUCACAAUCCCCAUAGAAAUAGUGUGCUGUUAUGACAAUGAUUGACGUUUCAUACCUUUAAACUAAUUUUGAUUUUAAAAGCAUUUCAGGUGCCGUAGAACCAGCUACUCAACAUGUCUCCACUGUGGCUGCUCCUGGGCCUCCUGGCCUUGACUGGCUCCUCUGAAAGCAGCAGUUGGGGAUGCUAUGGAAACAUCCGAACCCUGAACACCCCAGGAGCAUCUUGCGUGAUUGGAAGACGGCAUGGCCUGCCCUACUGUGGAGUCCGUGCCUCUGAAAGGCUGGCUGAAAUAGACAGGCCAUAUCUUCUGAGAUACCAACCCACGAUGAGAAUUGUUGGCCGGAAAUACUGUAUGGAUCCUGCAGUGAUCGCUGGUGUCUUGUCAAGGGAGUCUCAGGGUGGCAAUUUCGUGGUCGACAUGGGCAACAUGGGUAAUGGAAUCGGGGUGAUACAGGACUCAAGCUUCUACCCUCCCACAUCUUGGAAGAGUGAUUCCUGGGUUUCCCAGAAAACUGAGAUCCUGACAUCUAAAAUCAAAGAAGUCCAGGCAAGGUUUCCUAGCUGGACCCCUGACCAGUACCUGAGAGGUGGACUCUGUGCCUACAGUAAGGGUCCGACCUUUGUCCGAAGCAACCAGGAUCUAAACUGUGACUUCUGCAAUGAUGUCCUUGCGCGAGCCAAAUACUUCAAGAACCACGGCUUCUAGCACCUCAGAUGACACUCAGGUUCUACUUCCGUACAGGAGACUCCCCUAUUCCACCAAUUUGGCUAGCGGGUGAAGACUGCAACCUUGAAUCUGAGUUAGAUUUGAAAGCUGUCAAAUUAUCAUGAAUCACAUUAAAGGAAAAGUCAUUACCUGCAUUAUAGACUGUGUCCUUUUAAAACAUUUCCCCAGAUGUGAGCUCUAAUACGCAGCAUAUCUUUGAGAUGAGUCCUAUGUCUCCAGGAAUCCAAUGGCCAAGUUCAGCAAAUAAAGCUCAGGAAACCUAGAAUACAUGUCAAUUACUCUUCAGCCCUGAGUUUGGGGCAGUGUUGGGACUCGAACCCAGAGCCUCAUGUGUACUGAGCACGUGCUCUAUCACCUAGCUAUCUCCA